GUGUGCGGCAGGCUGGGCUGCACCGCAGCGCAUACACUACAAUGGCUGCUGGAAAGACGGGAAAGCAAACAAUUUCCAGGCCCGCCGCGUCCAGCCCGAAAUAUGGGGAAAAAAUUACAGAAAAAUCGGAGAACACUGUAAAGGGUGGAAACGGGGCGCAGAGGGGAUGCUGAGGCUCCCGCGGUACAGGUCACUGCCUACGUAAGCGUAAGCAAGAGAGCACACCUGGAUCUGGCCUCGGGGAUGAAUCAACACAAAGGACUACAAGGGAUGUAGCAGAAGACAAAGAAACACAACGGGAUGCUUGAUUGUACGUGCUCUGGGCUGUGGUUUUGCAAGUGACAUUGCCACCGAAUCCAGGAGUGAUUUAUUUUUCCCCCCCGAAUGGUGCACAGUGCCACAGCAGAGGCCAGAGGUAACCGGGUAAAAACCCAGCAAACAAAGGUCAGUAGCCUCACCUAUGCCAUAGUGUCCAGCUGGGCCUGGGCCUGCUGCAAGCACUGUGACUCAUCAGACGUGAACAAUACCCAAGAAACGGCUACAGGAUCCUGCAGAGGCUGGAGGAGGAAACCAAUCCACACAUAAAAAAGCUGCAGCCCAUAUGAAGAGGGGAAUUAUUAGCUAAAAGAUAGCCAUCAGAUUUCAGAAGAUAAACGAAAGGUGGAUCUGAACCUUGAAAUUGUCAGCUCAGCUCAGCAGGAGGUUGCAAAGGCAGAGUGGUGAAAGGAGGGUUUCCUGGAGAACUCCCAGAAGAUUGAAAUGGAUUAUGCGAUUCUGGAAGGGGACAAGAAACAGGCAAUACAAAGAUUCAGAUGUGCAUCCCAAAAUGCGUUGCAUGACAAAUUGAAGCAGAGCACUGUAAAUAAACCACUCAACGUGCCGAAUGGGAGAUGGGAACAAAUGCAGAGCUAUGUACUUACCUCAUUAGCAAGGAUGCUCUCACAGCAAAACGGCAUGCAAACACUCUGUGAAGUCACUCCAGUCAGAGUAACCUGUUUAGGUGUAUGCUAACAUCAUUGCAUAGUCAAAGCUGGUACAUGAAGAGAGCCAGAAAUACCUGUGCAGGUUCUGAAAGGCUCACUGACUACAGCCUCGAAGAGGGAUUUGCUUUGGUAUUACCCCAAGUAUUCUGCAUCUUUAGUUAUUCUUUCCUAAGGCUUUUGUGUGUUAGCUCAUAAGGUCAUUGAUACAAUCAUCCAGCAUCACAGUGGUAGCAAAGGCCAUUUACUUCAAUGUAAAGUUACAAUAGUCUAUGAAGUAUUUCUUUUUCAGAUAGAACAGCAGUUCCUCAAGUGUAGGGUGUAUUGGAAGAUUAGCAGCUGCUUGGAAACGGGACACUCUUUCUUGUUGCCUUUCUUUGGGGGCUGGGAUAAGAGGCAGAGGAGAAGGGACAACCAGGAUCAGCUUUUUAAUUGGAGUAGCUCCAAUAAAUCAUAUGAGAAUCCAAGGUGGUGAAAAAACGCUGAACCCUGUCGCAGCUUUUGCCCCCAGGCAAUGUUGUUCAGGCGCUGUGAUUCAGGGCAGGACUGGGCUUCCGCUACGUUCUUUGGACUGCUGCAUAGUUACCCCCUAUACCCAGGAAGCGGUGUAUGUUCAGAGGAGACUAACAUUUCUCUCAGUUACUUUAUUUCUGUCCUUCACGAGUUGUCUUUUUGUCCCAAAUGUGAGAUUCCCAACCACCUAACCUGACCUCACGAGGGAAAUCUAACUCCUGUGAAAGGUCUUGUCCUAGUACAGUCCUUUCAGCUUCUGUGUGGUAUUGCGAUUCUUUCAAAUACCACCGCCUUGCCCCUCUUCUUUGAGCUUAUGUUAACUAAAUGGAUAAGUGUUACCCUUUUUAUUUUUUCUUUUUUUUUUUUUAAACAGCAGACAAAAAUUGAGGUAGGGUAGAGGAUUUUUCCGAGCCCAAACAAUGAAUUACUGCUUGGAUUAUUGUAGUCCCAUGUUUUCUGACUUACAGUCCAUGCUUAUUUUACAGACUUUGCUAUUUAAAACCUGUCCCUGCCUUCUGGCACCCUGUUAAUUUCUCCAGCACAGCUCAUUCCUUUGUGCUGUCUGUCUAGCAGACCCUCAAGUGAAAUUACUGAGCUCUUUGGUAAGAUUUACUUUUUCAGCUUAAAUGAGGAGCACAGCACAAAGUGGAGUGCCUGGUGGCUGCUUUUUUCUGUGCUGUUCAGUUCAGACCAUCUCUGUCUGACCAAGCAGAAAUCACUAGCUGCACAGGAUUGUGUUCUGUGGUGAUACAUGUGAGUGAAGUUUAUCAUGAGUUCUCCAAUGUCAUUGUGAUUUCCACUUAGCAGACCAGAGCACCAGAAACCCUCUUACUUGACCGAUUACUGAAACUGUUAAAAACAUCUUGCAUUACGAUUCAAGUUAGAUGACUCUGUCUCAAAAAGUAAACCUUGUAACAUCCUAUCCUAUCUAGUUGUGCUCUGCAAUCUUACUAUGUUGUUUAAAUGGUACAUCCUAAGGUAUUCAGGUUAGAAAAAUCUUCUGAAAUGUAAGUAUGUAAAAUUACCGUUUCAGGGGUGGUCUGGGCCAGGCAGGACUGUACCAGGCAAACCUGAAAUCUGUACCAGGCAGUUUUGGUAGAUGCUAUAAUAAAGCACAGAAUUUGUGGCCACCUGGGUAGUAUGAUUAUUUGGAAAGAGUCAAAGCAGCAUUUGUAAGAGAAUCCUGUCUUAGGAGUUGGAUUUCUUUGGAGGCAUCAGCAAGAAUUAAAGAUGUUCUGGUUCAAAAAUCAAAGUGAACUUUAUCAGAAAGGCUUUUUAAGGAAACUAAGGAGCCAUACUGUAAGGGGGAAAGUCUUUGCACAAGUAAAUGGCAGAUUAAAAGGUAGGAUUGAAAGGCAGAAGGUCAAUUCUCAAUUAAAAGAGGGUUCCAGUUACGUUCCAGAGAGAUCUGUACUGUUCAACACAUCGUAAAUGGUAUCAGUAAGGGGAUGAGCAAUUGGGUGAGCAAGUUUGCUAUGAAGAGAGACAGCUGUGGAGAACAGUAGAAGGACAUCAAAGUGUUAUGGACUGUGCAGCAAAAUUGGCGAUGAAAUUCAGUGUAGAUAAAUGAGGAUAACUGAGGAGCACAGGGCAGAACAAUCCUGAUUAUAUCUAAGCUUAUGAGUUUGAGCUGAGUAUUACCACUGAGGAGUAAGAUAUGGGGAUUGCGAUUGGUGAUUCUGUGAGAUCAUCAGCUCAUUUGUCACCAAAACACAACCCAAAUGUUAGGGGAAAGAAAUAUAGAAUAAAAUUGAGAAUGUCAUUGCAAGAACGCCUGGUCUAGUUGCUUCCUGAGUGCUGUGUGCACUUCUGAAGCCUUCAUCUCAGAAAGGAUUUAUUAAAAUUGGAAGAGGCUUAAGAGAAGGUCAGCAAGGAUGAUGAGCUGCACGGGGUGGCUUCCAUAUGAAGAACGCUUCUGUAAACUGGGACUUUGGUCUGGGAAAGGAAUGAAUUGAGGGCAAUGUCAUGGAGAUCCACAGAGGAAGGAAGAGGCAGGCUAACCACUGCCUUUCAAAGCAAGAACAUACACAGUUAGGAGGGAAGGCAGGUUCAGAGCCUUCAGAAGGAAGUUCUCCAUAAAAUUGGUAGCAGAGACACCUGUGGGACGACUUUUCAAAAGUGUGCUGUAGAUAUUAGAAACUGAUACGGUUUCCGGGGGGAGCAUGGACUGUUGCUUGGAAGGGUGAUGUGCUGAAGUUGCUAAACUAACAGAAACCACAUACAGUUCAGGAAGUCCCUGACAUCAAAGUAGUUGGAAGUCAGAAGAGAAAUCUCACACAUUAGUGACCUGUUAUGUACUUUUGGCUAUUACUGGAGGCAGAAUACUGGCCUAGAUGUACUGUUAAUCUAGCCCGCACACCUAGUCUCAUUUUAAGAUGUCUUGGGACAAAGGAAAAUAAUGUUCCUUAUGAACAUCAACUAAUUCCUGAUUGUAUUAGUGUAUAAUCUCAUAGGCACCUUUAGGAUGUGUGUUUGUGUUUACUUGUACAGAUACACGAUUUGCUUUGGAUUAGGGUUUAUUAUAAAAAUGACAUGGUCCUAUGUGCAGGUGAAGUAGUAACUAAAGUUUGCUUUCACGGAAACAUCAUCACUUUAAAAAUGGAUGCAGAUUAAUCAUGUAGGGUGUGUGAUACAUGAAAGCACUACUGCAGGUUUUAAACAUUCUAACAGUAAUUAUGGUAUCAAUGUUAUUUGUAUCAAGCCUCUCCAAAGUUUUUAGAAAAACAUCUAUGCAGUGCCACAGAGAUUCUUAAAAAGCCUAUAAAACCACAAUCAUCAGAUGGGUUAACUCUAGGCAGUUCUUGUUUCCUUUAAUUUAGUAUAUAAUCAGGAAUCGUUUGGAACAUUUAGCAACCAAAACUGAGCUCUCAGGAUUUAAAGUGGACCUAAGUAAUUUGAAACAUGGAAAGCCCACAAAGAGAUGCUGGAUAGUAUUGUGAUUUGGGUUUUUUUUCUUUAAAUUGCAGACUAUUAGGUCAUGAUAAAAUAAAUGUUGGUAAGAUCAUGUUCUACUUUUCCAGAAACUUAAGAAGAAAAAAAAAAAAGAAAAAAGGCAGGCAUGAUAGAAUUUUUCUUCUAUAAUCUGAAAAAGGUUAUGUAAUACUCAUUCUAGUGUAGCAUAUUAUAAGAAUGAGUUAUUUUCUAAAAUUAAAAAGCUGGUUGUCCAAAUUUCAUGACUGUAAUACAGCUUUCAAGAAUUGCAAAUAGUCUUAUGAUCAUGGAAAAAAAAGUUGUAUUUAACAGUCAGAUCUAUAUAAAUACUGUCCCACAGCAACCUAGUGGUUUUUUCCUCCAAAUGCUUGCUUUAUUAAUUAAUAAAAUGUAUGUAUGGAAUCUAUGUAUUUACUGCCCAGAUGGAAUGUGUUUAAUCAUUUUAGUGCAUUUGUUCCCCUUCCUAGCCAUAUUUCACACUAGUUUGAAAGGACCUGAGGGGGGGAUGUCCUGCUCAACCUUAUGCAAUUUCAGUAAGUUUCUCUGUUUCGUGGAUGUAUUAAAAAAAAGCAACCAAACAAAAAAAACCCACAAAAAAACCUAAACAACAAAGACUUUGUUUCGAAUUGAUGAAAUAUCUUAAUUCUUGUAUUUUUCUGCCUUCUAUAUAAUAUUCUUUGCAGCAUAGUCAUUGUUCUGCACACAGUAGAUAUUAAUAAUGUGCUGUCACUAACAGCAGACUACAAUGGUUGCCUGGUUUUAGUUUCAGUGCUUAUGUUAAUUCAUUAUGUUCUAGGUAUUAGGCUGUUUCCCUGAGGGGUAAAAUCUUAAUUGUCAUGAUCUCUAAGUCGUUCUUAUGUUUAUACCUAAGAUUGCUGGAUAGAUAUUUUCACUGUUUUGCCCACAUCAUUCCAUUUUCCUGCAGCAGUUUUCACGGGCAGUUCUCCUGCUCCACGCUUGGAUUUGGUUGUGUCUUCUGCAGCCUGCGCGUGCUGUCGCUGCUGUCCUAUCAUGCUGCUUUGGCCACCCCUCUAUACCAUAGGCUGGAGCUUGAACCCAUGGAGAAGGAUUUCUCUGAACUCAGCUACCUGCUAUAAGGAGAAGUUCCAAAGUUCAAGAUAAGAUAAAUACAGUCUCGUAUAUAUUUAAAAGACCCUCCAAACUAUCUGUUCUUUUGUGAUUAGUUUGCCUAUGUGUGUGUGCUCCCCUUACAUGAAACACUGCUGUAUGGUAGGGCUAGCGCCUACAUCUUUGAAUGGUUAUUUACAAUACCUGUUCUACAAAAAUGCAAAAGGCUAAGUGGCAUCACCCACUUCUUGAUGCCAUCUCACCCCCCCAUGGCCUCAGCAUGGACCCCUUUGUCUUUUCACAUCUCUCGGUCAGCUUGUGUGAGAAGAGAAGCUGUAAAAUCCAGCUGCUGUCAGGUAGCGUACCUGCUGGCUUUCUUCUCGCAGUCUUCUGUACCAGAGGCCGCAGCGGCUGGAGGCAGGGCUCAGGGGGUUGAGAUCUGUCCCUCCUGCUGUUUGGCAGUGCCGUGUUUAUAGACAGUCGUGCCAGGUGUCUUCAUUGCUUAGGGGAGAAACGUGUGUACAUGUUGCUUGCUGUUCAAAUCUCUUUCAAAUCACACAAUAAAACAGGCAGAAAAUUAAAUGAAGUAUCAUUUUGUGAAAGUGCAGGCAUAAGCCGCUCCUGGCCUAGGCAGCUCCCUGGUCAAACCUACCUUCUGGGUAACAGUCUCACCCCAGCAAUGCCCAUUCUUCCUCCUUGUUGUCCUCCGACAUCAAUGCCUCAGCUUGAGCUUCCAGGUAUAGGAGAACUCGGGCCACCUCCCUUUGUUGCCCCCCUUCCCCCUCCGGCCCCAUCCAGCCAAAAACAAAUGGGAGAGAAUCAGCAUCUUCCUACCAAAGACAGAAUUCUCCUCCUGAACAUGGGUAUCAAAGGUGAACAGGCUUCACUGGCUGUCUCCUUUAAAGAGCGACAUGCUGUUCAAAUAAAUGUGGAUCAGAUGGCCUGCCAAGAACAAACAGUAAAGUAGACCCCGGCAUCAGUCAGAAGGCUGAUCUUAAUUCAACAAGGAGAAAGGCACCCCUAAAGUCAUCAAUACUUCAACAUCUUUGCUCGUUAAGCAUGGAUUUUUCUUACCUACUUGACUAUUUACAUUGGUGGGAUCAACUUCUCCAGCUGAGAUGCUCCCUUACUGAAAGUUAAUUCUCCACAGGAGGGUCCUCUGGAAGUCCUAGGUUGGCAGCUAGACCUUAUGCUACCUGCAGCUACUUUGAGAUGAGUCUUCUGCUGCGAAAAGUCUAGCAUUUUUCUACAAAGUCAGUCAAACCUAACACUUGCUCUGAGGUCAGUGCAAGUGGGCAGUAGGCAUGUUGAUCCUUGAUAAUCCAGGAAGGGUGAGAGGCUUGUGUGUAAGCCCACAGCACAUGGAAAGCAGGAGGAGGCUCAGUGGUGGUCCUUUGGUUGUCUUAACCCAGGGAUCUUCAGGAGCUCUGGCGGCAUUUGCACAAUUUUAACAGUGCUGGCUGAGGGGCAAACAUGGUGGGUUUGUAGUUCAGUUGUGCUGCUCUGUAGCAGACUGCUGUCUGACUGUCACUUUGGCUCUUCUGAGUCACACUAAGUGGCUAUGUUGACUGUCUCUUGCUGAUGCUUCCUCCAACUCAGCUCCCCCUGCCAUCCGUGACUGCUCUGACAGAGGACCUUUCUUCUGUCAGUACUUUAAAAUUAGUCACCUGACUAUUAGUCACCUGAUACAGAAAAGAAGAAAAAUGGUUACUUAUGCUACAGUAAUUGUGGCUCUUCCAGGCACAUUCUUCAUAUAGGCACCACAAGCGAUCUCUUGUCCUUCGCUCUGAAGGAGGCUUUACUGGUGACAAACCUGAGAGAGGCGUGACCAGGGCAUCCUGAACUUAGUUUGCUCCAUUACCACUGUGAGCAGCAGCAGCUCCUGGCUUCCUUGGGCUGCAUGUGUUCAUCCUCCUUCUUCCCAAACCAGGAUGCUAGCCUGUGUUUCAGCUUUCCCAUUCUCAGACUGCACUCCCAGCUAGGAUGUCAACUCUUUCCCACAUGUUUCUCUCCCAUGGCCCUGCUCCCUUUCAUCAGCCACAGCAAACCUUCUCAUCCAGCACCUGAAACCCCGAGACAGGAGCGUGUGUUUGGGAGCAGCAGGGCUACAGCAGCCACUGAAGAGGGAGGCUGCCACUUCCCAAGGCAGCACGUCGAUGGCAGUGGUGCACAUAAUGGCCGUUGCACCACGGCGUUGAGUGAAGAGCAGUGCUGGGAGCUGCCGCAAAUGACAUUAGGUGGUGCGACGACGCGCGUGGCACAGGUUGGGAGCCCUUUGCCUUACACCACUUCUGGCAGCAGUUAGGAGGGUUCACAGGCACAGCCUGGAUGGACAUUACUGCCUUCAGAGAACUUAAUCCUGUUCAUGUGAGUUCAUGCUUACCUGGGAUAUGUGUGGACAGCACUUCUUAAAGAAUCGCAGUUUCCAUAGGACCAGUAAAAAUGGGAAGUACUGGAUUCUGGUUUCCUCCAAGAAGAGUCAGCGGAACUGGUUAAGACCAAAAUCUGAGGACUUUAGUGGGCAAACAUCAGUCCCCUUUUGCUUUCUUUUACGACCACAUGAAACUUGAGAAGCCAUCUAAAGCUAAAUCAUUUAGUGGAGUUGGGCAAUUCCCAAGUGUCCAACAAGAAGGCCUGGUUUAGGCUGCGAUGGCCACUGUCAUUCCUGGUGAUUUGUCAGAAGUAAGAGAUACCCAGAAAGUCCCUUCAGGGAAACGUAAGCGUGGUGAAACCAAACCAAGAAAAAACUUUCCUUGCCAACUGUGUGACAAGGCCUUUAACAGUGUUGAGAAAUUAAAGGUUCACUCAUACUCUCACACAGGAGAGAGGCCCUACAAGUGCACACAACAAGACUGCACCAAGGCCUUUGUUUCUAAGUACAAAUUACUAAGGCAUAUGGCUACUCAUUCUCCUGAGAAAACCCACAAGUGUAAUUAUUGUGAGAAAAUGUUUCACCGAAAAGAUCACCUAAAGAAUCACCUUCAUACACACAAUCCCAACAAAGAGGCCUUUAAGUGUGAAGAAUGUGGAAAGAACUACAAUACCAAGCUUGGGUUCAAACGUCACCUGGCUUUGCAUGCUGCAACAAGCGGUGACCUCACCUGUAAGGUAUGUUUGCAGACUUUUGAAAGCACAGGAGUGCUGCUGGAGCACCUAAAAACUCACGCAGGCAAGUCAUCGGGUGGAGUGAAGGAGAAAAAACACCAGUGUGAACACUGUGAUCGUCGGUUCUACACCCGAAAGGAUGUCCGUAGACACAUGGUAGUGCACACUGGAAGAAAGGACUUCCUCUGUCAGUACUGUGCACAGAGAUUUGGGCGGAAGGAUCACCUCACACGCCACAUGAAGAAAAGUCACAACCAAGAACUUUUGAAGGUCAAAACAGAGCCAAUGGACCUUCUAGAUCCCUUUACCUGCAAUGUUUCUGUGCCUAUUAAGGAUGAGCUGCUUCCAGUGAUGUCUUUACCUUCCAGUGAACUGACAUCAAAGCCAUUUACAAACACUUUGCAAUUAAAUCUCUACAACACUCAGAUUCAGUCCAUGCAGAGUUCUGCAUCUGCACACCAAAUGGUUGCCACAUCGUUACCAUUGGGAAUGCCUUGUCCAAUAGAUAUGGAGUCUGUCCAUCCUUCUCACCAGCUAUCGUUGAAAUAUCCGCUCGGUACUACCUCAUACGCAAUUUCUAUGCCUGAAAAAGAACAGCCAUUGAAAGGGGAAAUCGAAAGUUACUUAAUGGAGUUGCAAAGUGGUAUGCCUUCGUCAUCCCAGGAUUCUCAAGCAUCUUCAUCAAAACUAGGGCUGGAUCCGCAAGUAGGGCCACUAGAUGAUGGGUCUGGGGAGGUUUCCCUUUCCAAGGGCUCCGUUCCUAUUAGCGAACCUCUAAACACCCCAUCAUUGGACUUUUCGCAGCUGUUCAACUUCAUACCUGUAAAUGGCCCUCCCUAUAAUCCUUCUGUUUCAGUGGGAAACCUCGGAAUGAGUUAUACGCAAGAGGAGGCACAUUCUUCUAUGACUCAACUUCCACCACAAACCCAGGAUCCACAAGAUCCCAGCAAUAGUAUAGGUCUUGGGUCUCUGCACUCGUUGUCAGCAGCUUUCACAAGCAGUCUAAGCACAACCACCACCCUACCGCGAUUUCAUCAAGCUUUCCAGUAGGAUGUACAAAGCUGGCUUGUUACUGUCUAUUUGUAGAAAUGCCUUAGGUGACCAUUUUUAACUUAGUGCCUACUAUAAGACAUUAUAAAUUUUCUGCUUUUGUACAGUACCAAUCUCAUGAAGCCAGUAAGAAAUUUAAAUUAACUUUUUUAAAAUGUUUUGAAAGUGUUUAUUCUCAGCUGUGUUUACUUUGUUGGGGUUUUUUUUAGAACAGUCUCAUUGUAUUGUUUUCAUUUUCACUGCCAAUCGACACAUUUAAAAUGUUCAGUAGAAAGUCAUCCCAAGCAAAAUCUCAACACUCAUCCCUUUUUAAAAACUUUUUCAACCAUACCAGCUAUUCCAUUUUAUUAAUGUCAGUGGUAGAACUACCACUUUUACUUUUUAAUAUAUUUAAGUAUUUGCAAAGAAUCAGGUUAAAAAGUGUAUCACAAAAGUUCCUGAAAAUUUGGGAAAAAAAAUUCUCCAGUCCCUUUCCAAACAAAUCCUCUUCCCAAAUGGUGACGCAUCUGAUCUGUUCUAUAACGACAAAUCUAAAUUUUUUUAAAUAAAUAUAGAAUUCAGAUUUUUCUGAACACUUGUGUGUGUAUAUAUAGAAGUCCAUAUAUACACAUGUACAUAUAUAUAGCAUUUUGACUUGUAUUGAAGUCAUUAUAAAAGGUGUUAAGAAUUUUGCCGUUUUCUGGCUUAAAUUUUUGUGGCCUGUUACGGAUAAUGGAAGAAAAAAAUUUAGUUUAAUUCUCUAAAAUCAUGGCUGAACAGAAUUUCAACAGAGAAUCUCUGCUUGCCUAAAUGACAAAUGUUUCAAGUUGAAUUUGGAACUGUGUUGUUGUGCUUUCAUGACUCUGGUAGAGAGAAACAGGCGAAAUCAAUGGCUGAUCUUGAAAUAUAAAAGUGUUGUAAUUUAGUAAUGCAGAAUAUUUUGUCGCAGUUUUUGUUUUAAUUCUUAACUUGCUGUUUUUUCUCUUUAGUAGCGUAGAAAGAGUACUGCAUAGGAAUCUUCCAAUAGUGUAUUCACAUUUGUAGGCAUCAGUCUUCUCCCAGCUGCCACCGCCAAAGGGUGGAUCAAGUCCAGCCAGAAAGUGUGUAUCUAUUUUCAGUUCAAAACUAGUGUGCAGUCAGAGAGUGAAUGUAAAUUUGCAAAUACCAGUUUUUGUUUGGGUUUUGUUUUUUUUAUUGGAAUGAUCUUUUCAGUUGUGUCACAUGGUGUGUUAUGUCCUCCUAAGCAACAAGUUAGAUGUUAAUCACACUUUCUACACCUGGGUACUUGGUUAGGGACUUUUUGCCCAUUGCCAAGAUUUAAAAACAGGACUCUUAGGAGUGAAGUAAAAGCAUAUUGCUUACACCACUUUUACCUAAUGCAAUAUAUUCUAUUCCCCAACCCCUAAUAACCAAAAGAGGAAAAAAAAAAAAAAAAACAACCAACCAACCCUGUGAUGCAUGAAAGCAAACUAGAUUUGCUGUAAUUCAACAAUAACAUUCUUUUCCUUGUUAUUUUUGUUCAAGGAAUUAAAAAAUAGAAAUCACGUACAUUAAGAUCUCUCAAACAAUAAUGAGGAUUCAUACAAGGUUUUAAGUGGUUAAACUAAAUAUACUUCACAGAAACAAAAGUUGCUCCCAUUUAAGGAGCUCAUGCUCCAGAUGUUUUAUCAGUAGCUCCUACUUUUUUUUUUUUUUUUAAUUCUAGGAGCAAUAUGCAGGUGUAGUUUUACUAUUUUAUACAUAUGUGUAUUUAAAUUUUAUUACUGAAAGAUAACAUUUUUAUAAAAGUGUUCGUGUUCCAAAGGCAUUAAAAUAAGGAUGUAUUAAUAAGGAAAAUACCUUUUGAAAUUCUGCAAACUACUCCUAGGUUUUGGGUUUAGGAGCACGUUCUCUCAAAGUGGGCUUUUAGCUCUGCUUCAUGACUGCUUCCUCUGGUUUCUGUGAAACAGAUUGCUCGCUUACUUACAUCUUUAGUUGAAUGAUUUGUUCAAUAUUGCUUUUUUUCUCGUCACCUUUCUAAAGGAAAGAAUAACACAGAUGAACAGAGCACAAGGUGAACGCAACCAAAUGUAACUCUAGUUAAAUCAGCAACCCGUAACGCAUCUAGAAAGAACUCGGGUUUAUUCUCGAUCCUUUAAAUCAAUCUGAGAUGAAGGUAGAUGGACUUAAUUCCUCCAGUGGGCCACGUCCCGCGUGGAGCCGAGCAUCUGUAAUUCCCCCUGCAGCAGAGGAAAUUGCGAGGGCUCUGCAUCCUGCGGCUGGCCCAGCAGCGUGGCCGGGCAGCAUUGCCUGUCCUGGGCAGCCUCUGGCACACCAAUUUCCAAUCCGUAGCGACUGUUUAUCAGUCUCAGUUGCCGAUUAGACUUGAUUGACAAACCAAAACCCAACAGACACUUUGCCAACAUCCGUUUCUUAGCGCGUAGCCAGAGUCCUUACUACUUUGUUCGUGCCUUAGCUUCCUGAAAAGGGAUUGACAUUUCACUUUGGAGUUAGACGUACAUUUCACUUGAGAAAUAGGGACCUCAGACAAGAUAUUGAACCUCAUUCAGUCAGGGUUUCAGUGGGUGGCAGCACCAAGUGUGUUUGCCACUUGACCUAGGAUGUAUGGUAACAUGGAAGCAGACUGACACUGUAAGCAAUGCUACCACCGCCGCAGUGCUUUUGAAUAUGACAUAGGCAGAGUUGGUAUUGGCCACUACGAAAACGUCAGGUUUUAAACCCUGUUUUCUCAAUUUCAGAUGGAUUCUCGGCGGGAGGGGGGGGAGGGCUGGCUGAUCAUGCGCCACUCUUUGUGCAACUUCUAAAUUUCUAGUAAGGUUUUUUUUUUUUUAAAUAUAUAUAUUUUUGUGUACUUGUUGCUUGUGCUUUAUUUAGUAGUAAAUUGUGGAAUAGAGUGAUUUAUUGUUAAUUUGGCAGUAGAGGUUUUUAAAAACCAUAUACUGACUGAAACAUGAGCCAGAGCUGAUUGCUUUAUUAAGCUAAUAAUGAAUGUUAAGAGUACAUAUUUUCAGGAUCAUUUGCCUAGUGAGCUAAACAUGUAUUAUAGGCCAAUAUUUUUUAAAAUAAAGCUUGGUCAACCUCUAUGUUACACAUAUUACAAGAUAUAGCACUUUCAAAAAGAAAACCUAAACCUUUUAAGAAAAUUUCUUACAGGUUAUGCUUUUUAUUAUAAAACCUUUUAUUAUAAUUUGUUUCAAGUGCCAUUAGAUUACAUAUAUGUAGGCCUUUGGUAUAAUGCUUUGUGUACAAAAUGGUAGACAUUGUAAUUUUAAACAGGUACAUUUUUACAGUGUUUUCUUAUCAAUUGCUAUAUUGCACAGAACCAGUGUGUCUUUCUUAAGGGUUUUACAAUGGUUUUUACUAGGUUUACAUGUUUCAAACUACACUGUCUUCUACUGCCAUUUUGAAUACCAGUCAAAAAAAAAUUAGGAGUUUGUCCUCACCGAUUGCAAACUGUGUCCUCUGGAGUUCUGGAUGGUAAACUAUGGCAAAAAUGUUUAACAUGCAGUAUUUGAUACAGAUUUUUUUUUUAUCAUAUCCUAUCAUCGCUAUGCUGCUGUCUGAAGUUAACUUAGGGCCUGAUCCUGCGUCCGUAAAGGUCAACGGGAGCAGGAUUGCAUCCUUCGUUAUGUCUGUCUCAUACACUGGUUUAGCAGCUCAUGCUGUACUCUUCUCAGUCUAUAGAUAAGCCUCUGAAAGAAAUGUACUUAUCUGGUAUGUAGUAAACCGUAUAGGCUUAGCUGCCCAUCCUGCAUCCUCCCAGUGUACAGUUAAAACCACAGCCUACUUAGCAUCACGCUCAACGUACAAACACCACCACAGUAGUUCAAAAUGUGUUUGGAUAGUCCCAAAGCUUUUAUGCAAUAAGGGUGUCUUACUUUUGUUGGAAGGCAGUGUCUUUUGAUAACAGUUAUCUAGCCCUGGAAGUGACACAGAACUAUUGCUAAUCAUAUGUAAACACUUUUCAGUAUAAGCUUCAGUGGUACAGUUGAACCAGAGUGAAUGUUUAUCUCCUCAGAAACACUCCUGCAAUAUUGUUAUAUUGGAUCAUGCUGCUAAUGUAACUUGGGAUACAACUCCUCUCAUGGUGCUACAAACCUCCCUGUCUCAUUCAGAUGUAUUUUUACCCAUAGAAAAAAAAGGACUAUACUAGACCUAUAGUUGUAUGAUAUAUUUUUAUACUGUGACUUAAUUUGUCAUUAAUGAACUUUGUGCAACACCACAAUGUAUUCAUAUGCACUUGCAAAAGUAAAAUUUUGGACAUGCAAAUUUAAACGCUGACAAGCCCAGCUCUUGUUCACAAAAAUAGGUGACUGCUAGUUAAAAUUAAAUGUGGGCUUUUUAUAUGGUGUGGAGUGAAGAACAUACUAUAUAUUACUAAAAGCCUUUGAAUUUAGACAAAAACUGGGAAAAGUAUAUUGGGGAAUGAUGACACACCCAAACCUGACUCGGAUUGCUGAAAUUAUAUUUUUAGCUAGUGGAAAAAAUUGUUUGGACUUUUAUGCUAAAAUUUUUUAAUGAUAAAAGUUUUGAGUCAAAAAUAGAGAGAAAAAACAAAGAACACAGAAAACCCUGCAUUCCAGACUGAAUUUGUAUAUGUUUCUUGCAUUUAAAAUUUGCUAUCCUGUGAUAUGGGAAAUUGAGUUGCUUAUCAUGUAUAUGUACUUUAAAAUGUAUUCACAAACUACUGUUGUAUUUGUAUAAAAUAUAGACAAAAAGAUUGCAUAUAUAUUUUUGUGUAUAAGCUCUGUAAAAUAGCAAUCACAUUAUGAAGCUGCAGCAGAACUUCAUUUUAAACAUUCACAUCCAAAGAAACAGACUAUUUAUUGUCCACAUACCCUGAUUAUAAAAUAUACCUUGCUGCUAUUAAACAAUAGUGCUGCAGCUUCUUGUGGCCUACAGUGUUAUGUUUGCUGUACAAAAAUAUGUGAACUCCACAAAAUAUAUCAAUAAAAUUACAGAAUGGUUUUAGUUAAUGAAUAACUUAUGCCUGGCAUUUCAAUAGAUAAUCUUGAUCUGCAUG